GAAAGUGGGUUGUAUAAUUGUAAACACUGAAAUACAGUGAAGAGUGAUAAAACAAAAAAAAAAUUCCAGUCCGCCUAUUCUGCCAGCUCAGGAAAAUGGUGUCCUACUUUCCCAGCGGUCCGUGAACGCACCGGCCGUCGGUUCUCUGCGUCAGCGGCCGCUCCUGCGUCCGUUUGUUUGUUUGUCGGGUUGUGCUGGCACGUUACCGGGAGGUGCACCGACUGGCUCGGCUGGGGUCCGCUGGAAGGUUUCGGUGAAGCGUUGCCUCCCCGGUGAGUGAGUGCAGAACUUCCUGCUUCUGGCCCUCCCAUGCAGCCGGUCGGCCGGCCUCCUCCGUCCAGCCUCGCUAUGGGAGUAUGAUGUGUGAGAGCAGCUGCUAUGGCCUGCAGCGGCGGUCAGAACAAUGCUGAAACUCUGGAGGGGUUCCACGAGGUGAACUUGGCCUCGCCCACCACCCCUGACCUUCAGAACCAAGCGGAGCAGCGCCCCCCCGCCCGUCAGAGCACCCCACCCACCUCGCUGUACCGUACCCACUCUCUGGGGGCGCCCCCCGCCGGCCUGCGGGCCGACCAGCUCCCCACGCAGCCCGUCUACUCCACGCCGCGGCACAGUCACAAUGGAAGCGUUCCGGGCCUGGAGGCGGAGGCCGGGGAGGGGGGCCUGCUCUCCGGGGAGGACGGCGAGGAGUGCAGCGCCCUGAGCGACAGCCUGUCGCGGCUGCGCAGCCCCUCGGUGAUGGAGGUCCGGGAGAAGGGCUACGAGAGGCUGAAGGAGGAGCUGGCCAAGGCUCAGAGGGAGCUGCUUUUGAAGGAUGAGGAGUGUGAAAGGUUGUCUAAAGUCAGGGACCAGCUCGGCCAGGAGCUGGAGGAGCUCACCGCCAGCCUCUUCCAGGAGGCCCACAAGAUGGUGAGAGAAGCUAACGUCAAACAGGCAAACGCUGAGAAACAGCUGAAAGAAGCUUUGGGCAAGAUCGACGUCCUGCAGGCCGAGGUCCAGGCUCUGAAGACGCUGGUGCUGUCCUCCCCCACCUCCCCCGUGGGCGAGCUCCCCUCGUCGGGGGGGGCGAAGACCCCCUUCCGGAAGGGCCACAGCCGCAACAAGAGCACCUCCUCGGCCGUGAUGGGCACGCAGCCCGACCCCUCGGCCACGCAGCCCAUCGUCCGGGAGUGCCGGGAGGUGGGGUCAGCAGAUAAAAGCAGGGAGGGGGGGGGUGGUCAUUCAGAAGCCAGGCGUCUCAGUGAGGGGGUCCGUCUAUGCCCGCUGCAGGUGGACAGCCAUCUGUUCGGAGAGUUCCGGGCCUGGAGGGAGGAGCCCACGCUGGACCGGAGCUGCUGCUUCCUGGAGAGGGUUUACCGCGAGGACAUCUACCCCUGCCUCACCUUCAGCAAGAACGAGUUGGGGUCGGCCAUCUUGGAGGCCGUGGAGCAGAACACCCUCAGCGUGGAGCCGGUGGGGUUCCAGCCCCUGCCCGUGGUCAAAGCCUCAGCAGUGGAGUGCGGAGGACCAAAUGGGCGAAGGGCUGAGCUCGUCACAAAAUGCGCCCUGAGCGGUCAGACCAAAACCUGUAAGCACAGAAUCAAGUUCGGGGAUUCCUCCAACUAUUACUACGUGUCUCCCUUCUGUAGAUAUAGAAUCACAGCCGUGUGUAAUUUCUUCACCUACAUUCGAUACAUCCAUCAAGGGCUGGUCAAACAGCAGGACGCCGAGCAGAUGUUCUGGGAGGUGAUGCAGCUCCGGAGGGAAAUGUCCUUCGCCAAGCUGGGCUACUACAAAGACCAGCUGUGACCGGAGGGACGGACGACCCGCCAAUCACAGAAGACCGAUCCCGAGCCCCACCCCAUCCCGGUUUUCCCUCACCAGUCGUUUCUGGACCCUCCCGGCUCCUCUCCCCUCCCCGUGUGAGUGUCUGUGAGUGCGGGGGAACUAAAGGCGGCUUUUCAAUCAUCACAAACGGCUGGAAGACUGGAGUUACUAAUCUGAACUCGGUUUAUUUUCUUUACUGAAACAUGUGACACUCCACUAUAUGAAAAGAGAACUACUUAUUAUUCCCCCUUUAAAAACAAACAAGAACAACAGAAAGAUCUCUCUUUUUUGCUCUCUCUGGUUACCAUUGACUUUUGAGACGAGGAUGAAAAUAAGUUUAUGGUAAAUUUGAUGGCGAGCAGAAUUUGAAGGGUUAAAACUGGUCAUCAGAUGAAAUCAGAUCAACGCUAUUUGAGGACAGAUACAGUAAAACUACAAAGUUAUUUUUGUUAUUUAAUGUUAGAAUCAGGAUCACACGUCUCUUAAAUGAGGGCUUUCUUCUCAUUAUUACAUCAAAGUUUGAACAAAAAUGUCUUUCAAUGUAGUGCCCAAAAUAUCAUUUUUAAAACCUUUAUUUUUAACACGACACUACAAAGAAUAAAGCGUUCUCUUAUUGUUUAGUAAGAAAACAGCGCAUAAGCUCAUAUUUAAUGGAGGGAAAUGCUGAGGGAAACGGGGAGUUCCCUGCAAAGAUAAUCAAAAGUGGCCGUAAAGACAGUAUCUGCUCCGUUUUGGGGGGGAAAUGCGAUGUAGCUUUCAGGCUGUGCUGCAGGAGUGUGUUCAGACAGUAUUAUAGACACUACUUUUACGGUUUGGUUCAGCUCCCUGCUGACUGGAGGAGGACGGAGCCCCGAACAGCCCGCUGCUUUCAAUCAGGAAGGGUGUAGAAAGUUGUGCGUUUGAAUGCCUGAUGUUCUGUGAACUUUCUGUUAAUUUAAAUGGAGACACCCCCCCUCCCUCCUCCUCCCUGUACAUCUCUGUAUCACUCCCGGUUUGGUUUAGUGCCUUUUCUCUCAGACACUCUGAAAUAAAAACGGUGAUACCUCUGGAACCCGCUCCACGCAUUCUGUUCCAAACCUCACUCUGCAAAACAUGCCUCCAUUUGCUUUUUGGGUCUUUGGCAUGCUUUCGUUUGAUCUUUUUUCUUUUAGGAUCGCCGUUAGUCUCUGGAGGAAUCCAAUACAUGGCCGUGUCACAUGCUGUUGGAGCACACAGAAAAGAUGCUUUUUUAUUUUUAGGGAAAAUGAAAGCUGUUUUGUAACCGAAUCUGUUCCAACUAAAUCCAAAAUCCACCAUAAAGAAUUCUGCUAUCUCAGCUCCUCGGUGCUCUCGGCGGUUUCGGGCCUUCACAAAGCUCUGCUUUUGUGACAUACCGCCGGUUUGUUUAAAGUCAGAAGCAAAUCGCUUCUCUCCGACUCUCCCUUUUCAAUAAAACAAGCUCCUA